UGAGUUCCACAGAGCAACCGAAUCUCAUUCCCACACCACUGGAAGAAGAGGCCCUUCAAACCACCUCCACUGUCUUCUUCAGACCUGGACUCCCAGCUAACCCAGAAGCUGUACCAAGGAGAGCUCUCCAUGGAUCUGCCUUACUACCACGGCCCUCUGACAAAGCAAGAGUGUGAGACUUUGUUGCUCAAGGAAGGAGUGAAUGGCAACUUCCUGAUAAGAGACAGCGAGUCUGUACCUGGAGCCUUGUGCCUCUGCGUCUCGUUUAACAAUUGUGUCUACACAUACCGAAUCUUCAAAGUGAAACAUGGGUAUUACAACAUACAGAAUACGGAAGGUGCUCGAAAAAUGAUCUUUCCAACCCUGAAGGAAUUGGUCUCCAAAUUUGAAAAACCAGAUCAAGGACUUGUGUUUCAUCUUUCAAAGCCAAUUAACAGACCCAGCCUCGGUCUGAGACACAGGACAUCACAAUUAGCCUCGGAAAAUCUUUAUGAGAAUGGGGAUUAUGUAGAACUCUUGCCUUGAAGAUGAGGAGAGUGGACAAAGCCAGUGAAAGAAGAAAUGGGGUACAGUGGUCACUGGUGACACAGUUCUCCUGCAAGUGUUGGUCUGUAACAACAAACUGUAGUGGACACUAGAGACUCUCCUGGUUUGAUGAACUGAAGAUCUUCUGCCUCCCAGCCACACCUCCACCUCACAGACAUACAGCACAGGAAGUUCCAGAGUCUUCUGCACUUCUCUCUCUUCUUUUCUUGGAGUGAGACAGCCCGAACCUCCUCUCCCUGGCGCUUAAAUAUUUCAUUACAUCACAGUAGACACCUGCUUUCCAACAGGUAGAGGGGCAGCUCCAGACAGAGGAAAGAGCAUUUGGCAAUGAGUUCAGAGCCCUAAAUUCCAGCCCAGUGACUGUGUCUUUUGACAAAUCUCUCCCUUUAAUCUAGGGCUCAGUGUCUUCAUCUCUAAGACAAGUGGUUGGGUGGAGUGAUGCACACCGUUGUACUCUUUUUGUUGAGCCUGGUUUUGUCAGGUAGAGUUGGAGAAUGGAGGAGCAAUGGAAAUGUGCUCAGGUCAGCACAAGGUCUUAGCCUCCCACCACGCUGUCUGUAGCUCCCUGUUCUGGUCUUCAUCAUGGCGAGGGUCUUGAUCUACCCACCACCCCUUCUGCCUUCAGCCUGGAGUGUUCUCCUCCAGUCUUUUUUUCUUUUCUCUCAUUUUGAUCUUCCUGCUCCUGCUCUAGAUGCACUUUUCCUUUAUUUUGCUUAAUACAAUUUAUGCGUGCUAAUCCCUUCCACAGUAUGGAUGUGGCUCUGUACACUGGGGUUAUCUUAAAGAUACCCUUCUAAGUAUGAUCCCAAUUCCCACCUAGGUCCUAAGUGCCAUUCAAGCAUGGUUGGGUGGCCUUUGUGUCCACCACGUUGUGGAAAUAUUUGCCACAGGGAUCAAUGGCCCCAUUCAUAUAAAUUAUCGGACUAAGAACACAUUUCUGAAGAUUUAGUCAAUUUAGCUUUAGGGUCUAGUGAAUUUAUCAGGUCUGGUAGCCUGGCAUGUCAACCAAUUCCAUGUCCUUGCUCUUACCCAUCUUCAAACCAUAGUGGUUCAUUUCAUGCCCUUGUUCUUACUUUAAAAGUUGUUAAACAGAGGAACUCUAGAUUUCCAGAUAACAUAGAAUGACACUGUGGCUAGCUCAUUGUGAAUUCUUGGGUCACAACAUCCUUGACUACUACCACGUAGAGAAGAAGUGAAAUGAGGUCCCAUGCUUUGUUUUGUCAUAUUUGGUUUUAUUUUCUUCAAAAAAAAAAUAAGAACUAUGGGAGUAAUAAAACCCAAAAUGUGUAAAUUUUGUUGUAAAAAAGAGAGGAGAACAAAUGUGCUCUAAAGGAUACAACUGCAAGUGUGUUUAGGUGUGUUAAGAUAGAUGACCAUAUUACUGAGUUUUUGUUGGUUCACUGAACACAACUGUUUGUAGUCUCACUGUUUGAAUGUCCACUUUGUAUGCUUUAAUCCUGUAACUUGAACAACUAUUUCUAAGAUGACAAUAUGUAAUCUAUUAACUAGUGAUUUCUUACUGUUUUUUUUUUUUUGUAAUUCUGUAUUACUUGUGCCCUUAUACUGUUUUGGUUUUUUUUUUCCUUUAAAUAAAAAAAAUGCAGUCCCACUCAGAGGCCUGAGGAAGGAGACACCAAGUCACUUCAGAUCUCCUGCUAUCAGAAGCAGUGCUAUGAUGAGCAGCCUUGCACAGGGCUCCUUAUGAAGCUGCGAGACUUUCUUCAGUGUUUGGGUGGGCCACAAAGACUGUUCAGACUUAAUUAUGGUGUCAGCAAACCCAGAAAAUAUUUUUUUGCCUUACACUUUGUGGUUUUUUUUUUUUUUUUUUUUUUUUUUUUUUUGGUUUGUGCUGAAGAAAGAAGUCUUCCCCACUCUGAAAUCAUGAGAAAAUUAUAUUUCCUUCUGUUGUUUUUAUGAUGUUACCUUCCUUAGUCUGUUAACAGUGGCAAGACUUUUCUCUUUUUUAUUGGUGUAUUGCCAGUGUCCAGAGAAGUCUUUCAUAUAAACUAGACGUUCAACAGAUGUCUGUUGUGUAAAUUGGGAAUCCAGGGUUAACUUUUGCAUUAGUAAGAGGUAAGAAUCUAGCUAUGUGUUUCUCCAAAUCUAUUGAGUCAGUUUUCAUUCUGCUUAAUAAUUCACUCCCUGCCCCCAGAUUGUGGUUCCUUCUCUGUACAAUAUUAUACCACAAGCACACGGCCAGCCUGGCUUUGGGGACAAUUACUUAUCGCUUGUCUUAUUAUUUUGUCUUAAUAACUUAAUGUCUAAUAAGUAUAAUAAGUGCCCUCUUAUUUUUCAAAGCUGACAGUAACUUUUGGACAUUGAUUGCUCCAUGUAUAUUUUAGAAUAAAUAUAUUAAAUUGCUCAAAAUCUUUUGCUGUAAUUUUGGAUGAAUUUGGCAUUAAUGAGUGGAGUAAUUAGGACAGAACUGGCAUUCUUGCAUUUUUCCUGGUGUCAAUAUUCCACAUCCACUUAUUGGGACAUUGUUUUUAUUUUAUGGAAUUAUAAAUUUUCACCAUAAAAGUGUUAGGUAAUCUGUUAGAUUAAUUCCGAAUUUUUUGGUUGUUAUAAACUAUGUCCUAUAUUGUGUUACAUUUCCAAUAGUCUAUGGUGGUGGCAAAAUAUUUACUGUCUCAUUAGAUCUACUGGUUUACCUGCUCAGUCUAUGGUAUUUUCUAUGUAAAUGAUCCAUCAUUCAUAAAUAGGAGUAUUUUGCUCUCUUUCAAUGCUUACACUUCUUAUUUAUUUUUAAUGCUGACUUCAUUGUCUCAGGCUUCCAGUGUAUGCUGGUGAGCAGUCAUGACAGCGAACAUUCUUGUGUUGUUUGCAAUAUUAUAAAGGAUGCUUAGACACUUUCUCCA